AUGGAUCUCCCAGCUCCUAUUAAAACCGAAGAAGCAUCGACUUCCACUGAGCUUCAGGCCUGGGAACAACAAGAUCAACGUUUGUUAAGUUGGCUUCUCGGAACACUAUCUGAAUCAGUGUUUGCACAGGUCGCAGGUGAAAACUGUAUUUCAUCUCAAUACCUCUGGGAAACACUUGAACGACGUUUCGCUACUCAAUCCAAAGCUAGACUAAUGCAGCUCCGCCUUCAACUUCAAACUAUCAAAAAAGGAGAAUCAUCCAUGGAGUCUUAUCUCCAAGCUAUCAAGGUCAUAACUGAUAACCUUGCGGCUGCCGAACAAAAAGUUGCAGACGAAGAUCUUAUUCUCUACGUUCUUGGUGGCCUUGGACCCGAGUAUGAAUCCCUUCUAGUCGCAGUUACUACACGUCCAGAUUCUAUUAAUGUCGACGAUCUUUCUGGAUUACUUCUCACACAUGAAAUCAGACUUGAGUCUCUCUAUGCCAACUCGCCAACUGCUAAUGUUGUAUAUAGCCGUCGCGGAACUUCAGCGACUACGAAUCAUACUAAUAAAGGUGUAUUUUCUCCCUCUUUUGGAUCUGCUACUCGUCCAUCGACACCAGGUGGCUCUUUUCACUCACAACAGAGUGCCCCUACUACAUCUUCUAUUUUAGGCCAGCCAUCAAAUUUCUUUAAUUCAAGGACUGGCUCAUCUCGCCCUCAUCGUCCCUAUCGUGUUUCUCAAAAUCAAAAUCAGCCUAAAUGUCAAACAUGUGGUCGUUUUGGACAUCUCUCUAAUAUGUGUCGUUCUGGUUUAAUUUGUCAACUUUGUAAUAUUCCAGGACAUUCUGUAGGAACUUGUCGACGCAGAUUCGACUAG